AGAAAUGUGAUACAUCUGCUGCAGGGCAUUGCAACAAUCUGGCCAUCCCCCUAGUAGCUCCAGGCAUUAUAUAAAGACCACAGAGACGUGUGGAACUUGGAACUUGUCUCUCGGCUCCGGAGCUGCAGUGGAUCUCCGUGUGUGAGUCAGUGAUCCGUUUUACUCAGUGGAGAUGGAGAAUAGUGAAGCUGUGGUUGUAGACCCUGCGCGCAAAAAGCGUAGAAAAUGUUUUCUUCUGGUUGGAGCCACCGUGCUGGUGUUUGCUGUUGUUCUUGUGGUCGUUUGGGGAGUGAUUUCAGCAGCGAAAAGCUCCGAGACUUCAAGUUUCAAGAGCGAAGUCAUAAAUAGAUGUAAAACAUUCAUAAGGGAACAUGGAGGCAUGUCAAGGGAGAUUGACUGUGAGAAAAUCUGGGGGACAUUUGAGCAGGCCUAUGUUGGGAGAGAUCCAUGUGAUGUUCCUCCUGAGGCGUAUGGUCCCCUAUUCAACUCAGUCAAAGAUGCUGCUGCGUGUAAUACCAUGCUGUUCUGGAGCAAGACAAACGCAGUAGUGCAUGCAUUUACUGAAAACAGAGAUUGCCUUGUCACAUUGGAGGAUACGCUGCUUGGAUUUAUGUUUAAUCGACUCACUUGGUGCAGCAAAAAUGGAAGCAAAGAAACCUUCACGACAGGUUGUCCUGGGUGGUCAGGUUGUAAAAACAGCCCUAUACAAUCUUUCUGGCUUAAGGCUUCUGCUAAUUUUGCCACCACUGCUUGUGGGAAUGUGUCUGCAAUGUUAAAUGGAUCACUAGACACCCCCUUCAACUCCUCAAGUAUCUUUGGAAGUGUAGAAGUGAAGAAUCUUGAUCCAAAUAAAGUGGAGGGUUUGACUAUACUGCUGGUCACCAAAAACACAGACACGACUACAUGUGAUAAUCCGUCAUUUAAAAAGCUAAAAAACAUUUUGAAUGCAAUGAUUGCUUACAACUGCAGAGAAGUUCCUUAUUCCAGAGUUGAAGGCUGCAUUUCAGACCUGGAGAUUCCAUGCCGUGACUGUCUAUGAAAAUGACUUCUGUCUGUAAUGCACUGAAGAUUUCUGAAAAUCCAUUACAAUCAUGUAUAAUCUAUAAGCUGUAUUUUACUUGAAUUUUAAAUGAAAAAGAAAAAAAACUAGGUUUGUUAGUGUACUGAUUAAUACAUAUUGAUGAAACUAAGAUGUUUUACUAUCUAUUGGCUAAGACUGUGAUUUAUUUUAUAUAAGUAUCAGGAUUUCUGUUAGACAGUAAACACUGGUAAAAUGUCUUAAUGACAAGCAAAUUAAGACCUUGCCAGGAAAUAAAAUAUAUGUAAUUCUG